AUGAGAGAACUAACCCUCAUCCUAGCCUCCACCCCCAAAAUGGGCAUCGGCCUCUCCGGCACCCUCCCCUGGCCCUCCCUCAAGAAAGAAAUGGCCUACUUUGCCCGCGUCACCAAACGCUCCCCUUCCCCCAAUGUUCAGAACGUCGUCAUCAUGGGACGCAAGACAUGGGACUCCAUCCCGGCAAAGUUCCGCCCUCUGCCAGACAGGUUAAAUAUUGUUGUCAGUCGUUCCAUCGGGGGGGUUGAAAAACGGGAAGACAAAUCACUCUGGGCUGGAUCUCUGGAAAAGGCGCUGCAGUGGGUUGGGGAGGACGGGAAGGGGAAAGCGGGGAGGGUGUUUGUUAUCGGUGGGGCGGAGAUCUAUAAAGCUGCGCUCGGGUUGAGAGAGACGAGGCGGGUUUUGUUGACGAGGGUGGAGAGGGAGUGGGAGUGUGAUGCUGUUUUCCCGUUGGAACUCAAGGAGGGAGGGGAAUGGCAGAGGGUGGAACAGCAAAAAAUGGAUGAGUGGGUUGGGGAGGAGGUGCCCAGGGGACGACAGGUGGAAAAGGAGGGGACAGACGACGAGACGGGGUAUGAGUUUGAGAUGUGGGAGAGGGUUGAUUAG